AUGGCGAGCGGGGAUAUUGUUUAUGACAAGAUUCACUUCAGACACGACCCAAAAUGGAGCGGCCGCCUGGGUCCUACAGAGGGAGGCGGGCUGCUGGUCUGUGUGGCCUGUGUCAUUGAAAUGAUUGACAGAGAAGAUAUUGCGUCAGUGAGGAAGUCUUUUGCCUUGUCUGGAAUCAGUGGGGUGCUGAUGUGUUCUCCGGGGGCCUUGAGAGAGCUGCUCCGACAGGACCACAGAGUCUCUGUGCGUUUCACAGCUUCGCUACUGGGUAUGCUUCACACCGUGGAGGAACCUGCCACUCUGGAAAAGGUUCACCAAGUGCUGGUUCAGCUGCUUUUAGAGCUGCAGAGUGAGGUGUCAGCUCGCUUUGUUUUGGAUGAGAUACACAAACAGCUAAGUGACCAGCUCAGUGUGAAAGGUUUCCUGCCCACAUUUAACUUCCUGGGGACCCUGGUGGAAGCAGUCCCCAGCGUGGCCCAUUGCCUGGUGACUCAGUAUGUGCCCGUGCUGGAGUGUCUGUGCUCCGCCUUGCUUUACCCAGAUGAAGCGCUGAAGGCUUCGGCCAUACAUGUGUGGUUCAAACUGUUUGGGACAGCCGGGGGCUUGGUAGCCCAGUCUUUGCCCGUUGCCAUCAGGGACAGAGUGUGUAUCCUGUUGCUGCGGACGUUGGCCAAUGCAGGGUCCCCACAGCUCAUCAACAACUGUGUUGACCUGCUGUGGCUGCUGGUGCAGCUGGGAGAGACAGUGGCAGUUCUCAUGAACACCCCUGACGAUCAGAUCAUGUGCGAUGAGAACCAGAGCAUCCACACCAACAGCAGCCAGAUCGUCAGCCAAAACCAAGAGCAACAGUCCCUUGACCACUGCCAUUUGCCUCUCAUAUUGAAACAGUUGCUGCUGAGUGGUGAUGAGACGUUGCAGGUGACCAGCGCUAAGUGUAUUGCAUCUGUCCUGGUUCAUUCUCCCAGUCAGUACAGCGCUCCCUUCAUCAAGGCUGACGUACCUGGGUUUCUGUUUGACCGUCUGGCCUGUGCUAAUAGUGAGGUGCUGCUGUGGUCUGCCUACAGCUGUUUGGUCUUACUGACCGAGGACUCGCUGUUCUUCUCCCAGUGUCACUCUGUCUAUGGUAUUGAAUCCCUGGUGCGCAGUCUGAAGGAGGCUUUACAGCUGUCCAACCUGGAAGUGCAGAAACAAGGUCUGCUGCUCCUUACUGAGAUACUGGAAAGGCAGCCCCCAAGUGUGCGUCUGUUCCCCACUGGUCCAGGGUUUGUAGCGGUGUCAGAGACUGUGAUAGCUGGAAUCUCCUCCCCAUGCCUCCUGGUUGCCACGCAGGGUGCCAGCGCUGCCUCCGCCCUCUUCCGACUGAACCACCAGUCCAGACCAGUCCAGUAUAGGGAGAUGGAAGGACUGGUGCAGGCCAUCACUAACAGAUUCUCUGAGCUGCCCUUACCCUCCUCAGCUCGUCGGCGAAGCUCCGGGAGUCUGAGGAGGUCAGGCCCCAACAGCCAGGCCUCCGUGUCCGAAGGAUUUCUGCUCCAGGCCCUGGUUUGUUUUCAGGCUGCCUGCAGGUUGGCUGAGGAGUGUGCAUCAGAGCCUGUUCUGAAGGAGAACACGUUCACAGCACCAUCUAAACACAGCCAUGCUCAGGACUCACUGGAGUCUCUGUGUCACUGUGUGCUUCACUGCUGCGACUCCAUCUGGAUACCCACCGUCAUUAGGAUGUGUGAGCGUGCGCCCAGCGCGCAGAUACUGCAGUACUUCUACUCCAUCCUGUCUUCCCAGUUCGCCCUCCUUCCAUCGCUCAUGCCAGUCUUUGCAGUUAAACUAGCGUCCUCUGGUUUCUACAGGCUUGCUCUGGAACACAAAGGCCUCCUCUGUGCAGGAAACAGGAACCCUAAUCUGAAUGCAUCGUGCUGUGGUUUUCUACAGAAACUCAGCAUGUGUCUGCUUUCCCAGUCAGACCCUGCUUCUGGCUCCUACCAGUAUGGUGCUGAGGAGGUGGAGAAUCUUCUGCUGUACAACCUUCCCUCUCUGUGCUGUCGUCUGUCUGACUGGCCCUCUCUGCUGUGUGAGAAUCCAGGACUCCAGCUGUGUGAAUAUAAAGGGCCAAGGGCCACUCAGUUCUGUCUGGUGAUAAUUCUGCACCUUGCCUUGCAGCAAGGAGACAGGCUCCUCCCAGACCAGACAGUGUUCUCCUGUGUGAUGUGGCUGUUGCGUUCAGUGCAGGAGCAGGGCAGCUGUGCCCCGCCUCGCUCUGUGCUCCGCUCUGCCCUCUACCUGCUGGCAGUGACACAGGACAAGAGCCCCAGCCUGGAUGGGGUUCAUUUGAACUGCAUCAGUAAGGCACUCUCCUCUUGCCAAAGCUUCUCCUCCCUCUACUUCCACCAUCCUGCACUCCUCCAUUUCAUCUGUCACUAUCCGGAGCUAGCAGAGAAAUUUGGGCCCUUGGUCCUGGAACUUUGGCUGACCGAGCAGGCACAGCACACAGAUGCAGGGCAGACCAUGGCAGACGUACGGGAGGAGGGAGAGAAGAGAGAAAGCCGUGCAGAUGAGAGGCAGGAUCAGGAGCCAGACACAGAAACCACAGAGCUUCUGACUCUGAUAGAGAAGUACCCAGCUGUCAUACUGACCCUACUGGACAUGCUUUGCACCAGGGAGGGCCCCCUGGCACAGCGAGCCCUGGGGGUACUGGAAGUGCUUUUGCGUGGUCAGAGAGACUAUGAGCUGGAUUUGUGUACCAAACUUAGACCAGCCCUUCUCCAGGCACUACAGAGGCUCAGUGUGGAGAACGUGGGCCAUGGGCUCGAACAGGGAGGCACUAAACAGGCAGUGAACUCACUCCCUCUGGUGCUGAAGCUGCUUUGUGUGACGCAGGCCACCGACCCGCCUUCAUCUUCCUCCUAUGGCAAGAUGGAUGGAGUGCACUUCAAGCUGUUCUACCAUGUAAGUAAUAUAGCAGGACGGUUGAAGCCUACUAACACAGAGAGCCUGCUGCCUGCCUUCAGCUACCUGUAUUGCUGUCUCAGUCAGUCCCCUGCACACUGCACUGACAGAGCUGUCUCCAUGCUGCUCUCCAACAGUGGACUGAUGGACCAGCUGCAGACAGCCCUCUCCUCCUCCACCUCCUCCUCUGCUCCAUCCCUCUCCCCAUCAGCCUGUCCGCCUUCAGCCCUGCUGUGCUGCAGCCAUCUACUCCUGUCCUCCCUCAUUACCUUGCAGCGUGUUCACUCCGCUCAGGUCCAUAAGAGCAUCAGUUGGAGCCUGGACGCAGCUGUGCAGCGACUCCUUGUUCAGAAGAGAAACACAGACAAUCUCUUGCUGGUCAGCUUCCUGAAGUUGCUGCAGGUUCUACUUGAUGUUGACCUAGCUUCAGCAGUGGUAUGUGUGAGCACCGGUCCUGGCUUGGUCGGGCCCAGACCCCUGGACGUCCAAGAUGGAGCCUUGUACCCGCUUGGCUCCAGAGGGGCCCAGUUCCUCUCAACUGCUCUCAGCGGACUUCUGUUGCAGAAGCACGAGCUGUUGCUGAGAGCCUCAGUCAACUGUCUGAGCUCCUUGCUGGGCUUCCUCCAGAGGAAGAGUCAAGUUACAGCGAAAUAUGUGGUGUGUCAGCCAUGGAGUCGAUUCCUCCUCUGCUGCCUGCUCAGCUCAGGAGAGAGCUGCCUUCUGCACCCUGCCAUUCUCAGACUCAUCUCACUUCUCCUGCAGCACAGCAGCACGGCAGUGCUGUGGGAGCCUGACCUGCUCCAGGUGAUAGAGGCGGUGGAGAGGAAGGGGGUGAAGGAGCUCAGUCAGGAAGCAGCACAGGCCCUCAGGGUCUUCCUCACACAGAUCCAGAGCAGAGUGUUGCAGCCACCACUCACAGAGGAGCACAAGCAGAGAGUGAGCGAUGUGAUGGAGGCCCUCGGCCCGCAGACGCCAACCGAGAGCUGCGGCCCCAGCGUGUCAAGCAACGUCCUGCAUGUUGGAGAUGUGUCCAUCUGUUUGGCUGACUUCACUCUGAAAACAGGCUGAUGUUCAGACUGAUACUGAGUCUAGGAAUUAUUACACCUUUAGUGUGACAGUUCUUUUCAUUGUUCUUUUAUUGUUACGUCUUUGAUUCCUAAACAUGUUUUGCUUUUCUUUACUUCUUCUCUUAAAGCAGCACAUGCUCCUGCCUGAGUUUUUAGAUAGUUUACAGCAUGUACUUGAUCUUUGAAAGUAAUUUCAGUUUACAGGCAGUGCUAAAGAAACAAAAGCUCAACUAUGGUCUUUAGUUAUUAUGCAGCAAUCCAGCAUUAUAACAAAUACCAAGUCUAAAACCUAUCUGUGCCUGUGUUAUAGACCAACCUCAGUGCUUGUGAUACUUUUUGAGUGAUGCUGUAUUUAAGCACACUAUACCAGGGUAUCUCUGUUAUUUCCAAGACCACCUUAAGUUCAUAUUCAGAUAUCCAUCCACCUCAUUUGGACAUUUUUGUGUUUAUAAAAAUGUGAUUUCUUUUUGAAUGUUUCAACUGUGGAGUGACAGAAGUGGUCAAGGUGAAACCUGCCAUUACUGCAGCCAUUUGUUACUGGGAUACAAGUCAUUUUCAUGGAUUCUGUUAAUAAGCUGACUUUCUAUCAAAUUAAAAGCCACUGCAAAA